UGUGUCUGAUUGGUGGAUAGCAAGAUCCGCCAGCCUUGUCCGGCCGUGCCGGAUACUGAGCGCAACUACAUUUGAAUCUUGUACCUUCUGGAAGAUCGAGGUCGGCAUCAUUCAUACAGGAUGUCUAUCUUACACACAAACGUGCAUUGCUGGAUCUGCUGACGUCAAGCAUGAAUGCUCAGGGAGGACUAGGGCCUGGAAUACCACAAUGAAACUAGGUGAAAAACCACGAUACGUCGAGGUCUUUGCCUCCCUUUUGUUCGCUGCUGGACUUUUACCCACUCUAGCAAGAUCUGCUGUCCUAGACUAUGUGAAGGACCAUGCUCCAAUCAUAUGGCUCCAUUCAAACGAUUCUUUCAUGCCAAGUGAUAUACCAAGUCAUGUCCAACACACCAGAGCUUUCAAGCAUUGCGAGCCUCUUGCCGACUUGCCGGUACUGGACAUGGACAACUUGUCCGCCCUCAACGAGCAUGGCAAAGAUGUCUUUCUGACGGCCGUCGAGAAUGUCACCACGAUGCCCGACUGGCUCUUCGGAGAGACUCCAGAUACGAAAGGUGCCUUACACAACUCAACCGCCUGUGCAGUCGUCAUCGUCGAGAAAGCGAAACAAAUCGUUGACGCUUUCUACUUCUAUUUCUACUCGUUCGAUGAAGGUGCAGAUAUCACCCAAGUUCUGCCGCCAUUGAACAGAAUCCUCCCGGACAGUAAGCCUGGCGAUCACUUUGGGAACCAUGUUGGAGAUUGGGAGCAUAACAUGGUUCGGUUCCAGGAAGGAGUGCCCGUCGGAAUCUGGUACAGCCAGCAUGCCUGGGGAGAGGCAUGUCUUUGGGACGACGUAGCGUGUCUCUCCAAAGAGGGAGAUCGACCAAUCGUGUACAGCGCUCGAGGCUCCCACGCAAACUAUCCUUCUGCAGGAAGCCAUGUUCACGACGCAGCACUCAUCGAUGUCGCCGACAAAGGUCGUCUCUGGGACCCAAUCCAGCCAGCCUGGUUCUACACCUACAAUCCAUCAACCGAUAACCUGACCGCUCUCGAACCCGAGACCGCACCGACUGACUGGUUUCGCUUUCUCGGUGGAUGGGGCGACCAGCAAUACCCGGACGACGACCCCCGACAACAAACCGUACCGUACUUCGGAUUGAAAAAAUACACCAGUGGUCCUAACGGUCCUAGAUUCAAGCAUCUCCUACGCAAAGGCUUAAUGCCCAAUGAGAAACCCAGACCCACACUCAUAGAGACUUUGGUCAGGAUAUACAUGUCGUGGUACGGAUGUUGCUUGAGGGGAAUCAAUCCUUGGAUCGUCGUUAUUUCUAUACUACUUUCCCUGGCGUUGACGACAUUCGUUGUCGUGGUUACCAUUCGGAGGUUGACACCAGUGGGAAAGAGAUGGCUUGUAAGAACGAGAAAGGGAAAGCAGAUCGGUGGUAUCGGGGUGAGAAUGAAACACUGGUUCACAAAGAGGAAGCGACGGCAGGAAGAUGCGAUUGAGUUUUCUAUGGGCUUGCUUGACCCUGGAGAGGGCGAGGACGAUGUAUAGAUCCUAGAAUCGAUAUGCAUUACGAGACAAAGGUGUUGCGAUUA